AGCUGGGGGGCGGGGCCAGAAGUGGGGGUGGAGCCAGGUGCAGUUACGCGACCCCAGGGAGUAGCAGGACUGGGAAAAAUAGGUGGGGAGCAGGUAGAUUAAGAAACAGAACCCGAGACCGGGUGAAGAGUAGGGGCAGGAUGCAGAGCAGGCGCAGAGCAAAGAAGAAAGGUGGGACAAGGUUAAGGGGCGAGGCGAGGAGACAAGGGGAAACUAGGAGCUGGGGCGUGACCAGGAGUAACAGUAGGGGCGAGACCUGGAGUAGUAGCAGAGGUGGGAUCCGGAAUUGGAGUGGAUGCAGGAUCGGGGGCAGGGCCGAGGUUUGGAGCAGAGGUGGAGCCAGGAGCAAAAGCAGGAGUGGAGCCAGAAGCAAGAGCUGGAGCCGAGCCAGGAGCAAGAGCAGGGGCGGAGCCAGGAGCAAAAGCAGGGGUGGAGCCAGGUGCAGGAGCAGGAGCGGAGCCAGGAGCAAGAGGUGGAGUGGAGCAAGGAGCAAGAACAGGGGUGGGGCCAGACGCCUGAGCAGAGUCGGGGUCAGGAGCAGGGACCAGGCGAAGCGCAGCAGCGAGGUGGGAUCUCAGACGGCGCCUACCAAGAGCAGUCUUGCAAGCUAGUGUUGACCUCCGCAUUCUCCAUGUUGAAGCCACUUUGCUCGCUGCCCCGAGAUGUCCCCUGCGUGGCCGAGACUCCGAGUUCUGCGAGCGCUGAGGGCACUGCUGGUGGUGCUGUUGGCACCAUGGAGGUUGUGGGCGAUAAAGGAUACACAGGACUGCACCUGGCAGGUUGCCCUGAACAAGUUUGACGCAAUAGGCGAGAACCACACGAGUGAUCGUUUCUUCUAUCAAGAGCCCCUGGACACAGUGGAUGAAGUGUUCAGCCUGCUGGUGGAUGCACCCAUCGACCCGGACAAGACAUACCUAGGCUUUCCUUACUACCUGAAGAUCAAUUACUCCUGCAAAAGAGAGUUCUCCGAGGCCCUGGUCCGCAAGGGCCACCUGACGGGGCUGAAGCCCAUGGUGCUGGUCAGCUUCCAGUCCCCAGUCAACUUCUAUCACUGGAAGAUAGAGCAGCUACAGAUCCAGAUGGAGGCAGCCCCCUUCCGCAGCAAAGAGUUGUGUAAUGCCGAGGAGGUGUGUGUCAUGAGCUGGUAUACGCCCAUGCCCAUCAAGAACGGCAGCGUGGUCAUGCGCGUGGAUGUCAGCAGCAAUGGCCUGGGGCCCUUCAUUCCCAAUAAAAGUUUUCGGGUGAACAUCAACGGCUUCCUGGAGAGACAGCAAGACAAUACACUACGUUUCACUGUGGGAAAUGAGCUCUUCAAUCUGAUACCCCGGUACUUUGUGAAUGUCCCAUCACGGCCCCUGUGGUACACUGUGGACCAGGCACCUGUGCUCAUCCUGGGCGGCAUCCCUGAGGAGAAGUCCAUCCUGCUGACCGACACAAACUUCAAGGACUUCUUCCUUGUGGAGCUGAGCAUUGACAAUUGCUGGGUAGGCUCCUUCUGCCCCCAGGCCAGCUUCACCGCCACCAUCUACGAUGCCAUCGCCACCGAGAGCACCCUCUUCAUUCGGCAGAACCAGCUCGUUUACUAUUUUACGGGCACAUAUAUCACACUCCACGAGAGCAACCAUGGCAGCGAGAAAUGGGUUCAUGUCCUGGACAACGAGUGUGUCAAGAAGUUGUGCCCCGUGCAUUUCCAUAGCAAUGGCUCUGAGUACAUCAUAGCCCUCACCGCUGGCAAGCACGAAGGUUACGUCUACUUGGGGACUAUCACAGAUGGCCGUGUGUCCUUCGAGUUGCUGCCCAGGCAGCGGUCCGUGUGUGAUGCGAUAAAAGUUGUCAACUGCUCCAUAACCUGGGCCGUGUUCGUUGCUGGUCACUACAAUCUCCUGCUGCUGGUGGAGACUGAAGACGCCUCCACCAGGAAGUAUUUCCAGGUGGUCAGCUAUGACCUGGUCCGUGAUUACCUGGUCAUCCUCUACACUGUCCCAGAAUUCAUCCCUGACGCUCAAGGCCUGGAGUUCCUGAAUAUCCUAGGGACAGAGUCUUACACCAACAUCUCGAUGGUACCUAAGGGCAUGUCCUAUAACCCAUAUAACAACUGGCUGUUCAUCUGGGGCAACUUCCUCCUGAUGAGCUAUAACAAUCAAAACUUCAUCUACCUGGCGGAUUUCCCCAAGGAGCUGUCCAUCAAGUACCUGGUCAACUCAUUCCAUGGUGAAGUGGCUAUUGUCACAGAGACCGAGGAGAUCUGGUACCUCCUGGAGGGCAGCUACCGGGUGAACCAGCUCUUUCCAUCCAAGGGCUGGGAGGUGUACAUCAGCCUACAGGUGAUGCACCAGUCCUCUCUCUACGCCCCCAAUGAGACCAUGGUCACCCUCUUCUACGAAGACAGCAAACUGUACCAGCUGGUAUACCUUAUAGACAACCAGCAGGGCAGGCUCGUCAAGAGGCUUGUGCCUGUGGAGCAGCUUCUGAUGUACCAGCAGCUCAGCAACAGCUACCACUUGAAGCCGCAAGGGGGUCACCUGACGCUCUCCUUCACCGAAUUCUGCCCCUUCAUGGUGUUGCGCCUGCGGGACUUACCCAACCCGCAAACCUACACGCGCCAGGAGCGCUACCGAGCACAGCCGCCGCGCGUCCUGGAGCCCUCGGGCUUCCACAACGAGAUCUCCCUCGCUGUCUAUCAGGGCCUCGUUUACUACCUGCUCUGGCUGCACUCCGUGUACGACAAGCCCUACGCGGACCCGGUCCACGACCCCACCUGGCGCUGGUGGAAGGACAGGAGGCAGGAUCAGGAUUACUACUUCUACCUGGCGAGCAACUGGAGGAGCGCGGGCAAGGUGCACAUUGACAUGACUAGUUACGAAAAGAUCUACGACCUCAAGGCCGAGUAUGAGCUGCCCGAGCGCAUCUUCCUGGACAAGGGCACCAGCUACAGCUUUUCCAUCUUCCUGACCGCCCAGGGGCAUUUGUUCAAGUCGGAGAUCCGGCACGGGGUCUCUGUCCAGCCGCAGAGUCGGGCAAAGCUGGCGGUGGUGCUGGGCGACCCGGGCUGCAUCAAGGUGGUGAUGAAGAAGGAGGUCCUUAUUAAUCGCUACUUGGUACUUCUCUGGGUUACGCUCAGUGAUAAAAGGUCUUGCUUUGACCAAGGCAUUAGUGGACAUCACCUUAGGAAGACCUCCAUGCUCGUCAAGGUGGUGGGCUCUGCCUGGCACUGCUUUCAGAACACGCUCCAGGGGCCCCGCAUGCAAGGCAACUUGAUGAUACCAGUGCUUAUCGGCUGCCCCCCAGGCAAGCGCCUGGCCUUCGACAUCACCUACACGCUGGAGUACAGCCGCCUGCAGAACAAGCAUUACUUCGACUGCGCGCAAGUGGAUCGUGAGAUGCCCUGCUUCUUCUUCCGCGAUAUCUUCUACCCCUUCUUCUUGAUCCAAGACUUGGUGACGGGAGAUUCUGGCAGUUUUCAGGGCAGCUACGUACUGAAGGUGGUGGGCGGCGGGCCCACUAUGGACACCAUCAAGGAAUACAGCGAGGAGGAGAUCUACCGCUUCAACAGCCCUCUGGACAAGACCCGCAGCCUCAUCUGGACCACGAAGAACACGACCACCAAGGACUCGGCCUUCCACAUCAUGUCCCACAACAGUUUAGGCAUUGAGUGGCUCUGUCUGGAGAACUCCCCGUGCUACGACACUAUUCCCCACAGCAUCUUCGCCCCUGAAUUCUACUUCAAGGUGUUGGUGAGCAAUAGAGGUGUGGACAAGAGCACAUACUGUGACUACCAGCUCACCUUCCUGCUGCACAUCCACGGGCUACCACUCAGCGCCAAGCGGGCCUUCUUCAUCCUCAUGGUGUCAGCCAGCCUGUUUGUCGGCCUGGUCAUCCUCUACCUCAUCUUCUGCCUCCUGUUGCCCUGUAUGAUGAAGGCCUGCAACGUCCUCCACUGGAAGAUCAGUAACAUCAUGGCCUCAGAAUCCUACACCUACAGCACCCACUCCAACACCAGAGUCUUCAUCAGGACCUCUGGGACCAAAUCUGGGGGUGGCUCUAGGGGUAGCUCCAGAGUCAUCCCCAAGGCAGUUCAGGAGAACAAGGAUGUCCCCAAAAAACCUUGAAGAAGUCGUUGCUGACCUGGGCCUCUUGCCCGCCCCAACCACCACCUACCCUCAUCUCUCCUUUCCUGGGCUAUCUUGGAAAAGCAACCUGUCACUCAUCCCAGGACCUUCUUCCUGUUUUCCUUGAAUUUUCACUUCUCAUUUCAGCACCAGUGGUGGGUCCUCAUCAGGACUCAUGCUCAGUUAGUUUGUACCACCCAGCCACAUAGGUUAUUAAAAUAUCUAAGUCCUUCUCGG